GUCCCCACUUGAUUGUAGGCCCCCACCGACUGUUUCCGACUGCUAACCAAUGGGGGACACCCACGUGGUGAAAAUCAGAUGGGGAUACAUUGGAGAAGCCUGAGAUUGAUUUCAGACUAGUGUGAAGUGAGAAGAAGACGAGCAAAUGUUGUACUGUGUUCUUACUAUCUCCGUUAAAGAAGAGGAAGAAGAAGAAGAAGCUAUUGUGAUUAUAGGGUUAUUUUAGGGACAAGGAAGACAAAUCUUGGUUUCCUUCAUCUCAAGAACAAAAAAGGAAAGGAUUUUGUAAACAUAUUUGGGAAGAUCUGGUCAUGAGUCUACUGGCCAUAACAUGCUUGAGCCAAGGGAAUAUGAUAUACCCAUUCUUUUACUGUUUUUCGUUUUGUUUCCUCUAUUUGCGUACAUAUUACUAGGAAAAUGGAGUGAGACUUCAAUGAAGAAAGAGAUGAUAGAUCAUUUAGCUUUGUUGGCUGCUGAAGAAGCGUCUAAAGCAGAAGCUAUGACUGCUUCUGAUGUCAUUCCUGUGUUGCCAUCUCCAAAGAAUAUCGGUCAUUUAUGCGCUAAGUGUUCAGCUCCAGCUACAACUCGUUGUUCACAGUGCAGAUCUGUCCGAUACUGCUCGGGGAAGUGCCAGAUAAUUCAUUGGCGACAAGUCCAUAAGGACGAGUGUGUGCAACUAGGCAAGAAGUCUUUGGAUGUUUCGACAUCAAAUGAAGUUCUUGAAAAUGGAAAUUUGAAUCCACAAUCGUUUUUAGUUGGCAAUAAGAAUCAGAUGAAUGAAAUUCCCUUUUCUUCUAAUGAUAGGAUACAUCAAUCUAGUGGCUCUGUUACAUCUACUGAGGCAGGGUUUUCUGAAACAUCAAAGAUCCCUACCAUGGAAAGAAGGUCGAAAGACAAACGGGGUUCUCGAAGAUCUAAGCUUAGAGGGGAAGAUGGAGUUAUAUUAGACUCUUCUGAAGAAACAGCCAAGAACAGGGUCUUUAGUGAUACAACAUCAGACGAGUUGAGUCAAAAAGGAAAUCAUGGGGCACCUGGGGUUGAUAUCUCUAGCGAUUUUGGUCAUGAACAUGGAGUGUUUAGUACAACCAGGCAAGAAAUUCAUCUUGAAAGUCUUAACAUCAAUGAUGAACCUGCAGAAAACAUAACAAAGAGAAGCAACAAAGCCAAAAGUUCAUCUUGUUCUUUAGGAACAAAGACACACGUAUCUGAAAUGGAUGUAAAAAGACACGAUUCAAACGAUCCAAAAGUCAGGCAAAAGGAGACGGUUAGAGGUUCAACCAUGGGAAUCAUGAAGAUGAUUGGUAUGAGGAAAUCAUCAAAGCUAAACAAACAAGAAUCACGAGAAGUUUCUUGUGAAAAGAAUAAGAAACUAAAGAUGCUUUUCCCUUAUGAAGAAUUUGUGAAGUUUUUUCAGUAUGAGAUCAUUGAUCUAUCACCUAGAGGACUCGUAAACUGUGGGAACAGUUGUUAUGCGAAUGCUGUAUUGCAAUGUCUGACGAGCACAAAGCCUCUGACUGUCUAUUUACUUGAGAGAGCACAUUCCAGAUACUGCCGUGUGAGAAAUUGGUGCCUUAUGUGUGAACUCGAAGAACAUGUAACAAUGUCAAGAGAAAGUAGGGGUCCUUUAUCUCCUAGCAGAAUUCUCUCCCAGAUGCAGAGUAGUAACUCUCAGAUUGGAAAUGGAAGUCAAGAAGAUGCUCAUGAAUUUUUAAGGUUUCUUGUUACCUCAAUGCAAUCAAUCUGUUUGGAGGGUGUGGGAGGAGAGGAUGCAGUUGACCCUAAAUUGCAAGAAACAACCUUCAUACAAUAUGCUUUCGGUGGUCGUCUUAAAUCAAAGGUUAAAUGCUUGAGAUGUUUUCACGAAUCAGAACGGUACGAGAAUAUCAUGGACCUCACGUUGGAAAUUUACGGUUGGGUCGAGUCACUAGAGGAUGCCUUGACCCAAUUUACGACUCCAGAAGAACUCGAUGGAGAUAACAUGUAUAGAUGUGGAAAGUGUUCUGCUUAUGUUCGGGCAAGGAAGCAGUUGAAGAUACACGAGGCACCGAACAUUCUCACAAUUGUGCUAAAGAGAUUUCAGGAGGGAAGCUAUGGUAAAAUAAACAAAUGGAUAACUUUUCCUGAUAUGCUGGACAUGAUCCCAUACAUGACUGGGGAAGAAGACUCUCCUCCUCUCUACUCGCUUUAUGGCGUAAUUGUGCAUGUUGAUACUUUGAAUGCUUCUUUUUCUGGGCAUUACGUUUCUUAUGUGAAAGAUCUGCUUGGCAAUUGGUUCAGAGUCGACGAUACUGAGGUCCAGUCAGUACAAUCGAGUCAAGUGAUGUCUGAAGGAGCAUAUAUCUUGUUCUACAAAAGGUCAUGUCCUCGCCCAACAAAGUCUUUUACCGAUAAAGAUAAACACAACCGUCAUCAAAGUUCAGGAUUCAUAAAGCACUUUUCAUCGAAAAAUGUGAAGCCAUCGUCAACAAGCAAAAACGAAAAUCAUCAACCCGAAACCAAUUUCACCAAUGGCAAUCCAUUAAGCAUGGAAUUGUCAGACGCAACUUCUUCCAGCGAUUGGUCCAUGUUCACAAGUUCCGACGAAUCAUCAAUCACUACAGAAAGCAAUCGAGAUUCUUUCAGCACUGAUUCGUCAUACUCUUCAAUAUUUGAAAACUUAUACGGGCCAGAAUAUUCAUCGAAUAGAACGAUCAAAUGUAGCAUGUUUUCUGGUUCGAAACCCCUGACGAGAUUCGCCCAUGACAGGAUGGUGAGUUCGUCUUAUUUGCAAGGAGGAGAAAACACGUUCGAGGGAAGUUUACCAUCCUCGGAUAGCAACUAUUGUUCAAGUGUAUAUUAUUACAACCAAACUAGUAGCUAUUGGUAGUAAAUUGAACCAUUUACUAGUUUUUGAAUAGAUAAUUUCGAAGCGAAAAACUUAUCCCCGGUUAGGAACGUGCAUCUUCCUACCAAUUUUGGUUUUCAAAUACGGUUGAAUGGGGAUUGUAAGGUGCGAUAAUCGUUCAUUUUGUAACAGGAGGAAAUCGAAGUUUUUGAUUUACAUAUCUUAGUAACUCUUGGCUUCGAAUUUUGUGGUUUUGUAAGGUUUGAGAACCAAUCAUGCAGAAAAGAAGAAGAAUUCAUUUUUUUUUU